GCGUCAGAACGAGUGUUGCAAGAUCUUGUCGAAGUUGACCAUUCCUCACUCUUUUCCACGUUUUUGUGUUGCGGUGUAGAAGACGUUUCGUGUCCUCGAGACUUAAAAAUGCGUUACGUCGCCGCUUACCUCCUGGCCUCCAUGGGCGGAAACAAAGACCCCUCCGCCGCCGACAUCGAGAAGAUCCUCGGCAGCGUCGGAAUAGAAUCCGACAGCGAGCGACUCAACAAGGUGAUCAGCGAACUGAAGGGAAAGACCGUCGACGAAGUUAUCGCGAAGGGCAAGGAAAAGCUGGCUACAAUGCCCUCUGGUGGUGGUGCGGCUGCUGCUGCAGCGCCCGCUCCUGCGGCCGCUGGCGGUGGUGGUGCAGCAGCUCCAAAGGAAGCAGCCAAGAAAGAGGAAAAGAAGGAAGAGUCUGAGGAGGAUGAUGACAUGGGUUUUGGCCUGUUCGAUUAAUGCCGCAACAUUAAAACGUGCCAUUUUCAUUGUAAAUGAAACUCAUGGUUGCUCUCCCGUA